AUGUGUCAUUAUUAUAGGGAAAAAGAGCUCGCAGAUGCUCUAGAAGAAGGAGGCUGUGAUCUUGAAACUGUGAGAAACAUCAUUCAAGGAAGGCAACUGCCGGCUGAUCUGAGGGCCAAAGUCUGGAAGAUUGCACUUAAUGUUGUAGGAAAGGGGGACAGCCUAGCAUCCUGGGAUGGCUCUUUAGACCUGCCAGAACAGAGUGUAAUUCAUAAGGAUUGCCAAGAGCUAAUUGACCAGUUGUCAGUGCCAGAAGAGGAGAAGUCAGUAUUACUUGUGGAUAUUGAGUCUGUUAUUACUUUUUAUUGUAAAUCACGCAAUGUUAAAUACAGUUCUUGCCUUGGCUGGAUACAUCUACUCAAACCUCUGGUGCACCUUUGUUUGCCACGCAGUGAUUUGUACAACUGCUUUUACGCUAUCAUGAAUAAGUUCAUUCCAAGGGAUUGUUUUAUGAAGGGAAGACCAUUUCAUCUAUUUAGACUGCUUCUUCAGUACCAUGAGCCUGAACUCUGUUCCUUUCUUGAUACUAAGAAGAUGACUCCAGACUCAUAUGCACUCAACUGGCUUGGAAGCCUCUUCUCAUAUUACUGUUCAGCUCAAGUCACUCAGGCAAUAUGGGAUGGAUAUCUACAACAAGCAGAUCCAUUCUUUAUUUAUUUCUUAAUGUUAAUCAUCCUGGUAAAUGCAAAAGACGUUAUCUUAGCACAAGAAUCAGAUAAAGAAGAAAUGAUAAAAUUCUUAGAAACUUCACCAGCCAAUCUCGAUUUAGAGGAUAUAGAAGAUCUCUUCUCUUUGGCACAAUAUUACUGUAGCAAAACUCCAGCUUCUUUCAGGAAGGACAACCACAGUCUUUUUGGCAGCAGCUUGCUGGGCCUCAAAGAUGAUGACACAGACUUGAGCCAAGCUCUCUGUCUGGCAGUUUCGGUGUCAGAGAUUCUUCAAGCAAAUCAGCAACAAGGAGAAGGAGUAAGGUUCUUUGUAGUGGAUUGUCGUCCUGCAGAGCAAUACAAUGCUGGGCAUUUAUCAACAGCAUUUCAUUUAGACUCGGAUUUGAUGCUUCAAAACCCUUCAGAAUUUGCACAGUCUGUAAAAUCCCUAUUAGAAGCACAAAAACAAUCUAUUGAGUCUGGCUCCAUAGCUGGUGGGGAACACCUCUGCUUCAUGGGAAGUGGCAGGGAAGAAGAAGAUAUGUAUAUGAACAUGGUGCUAGCACACUUCUUACAGAAAAAUAAGGAGUACGUAAGCAUUGCCAAAGGAGGAUUUAUGGCCCUCCAGCAGCACUUAGCAGAUAUCAAUGUAGAAGGACCCGAAAAUGGCUAUGGCCACUGGAUUGCUAGUACCUCAGGCUCAAGAAGUAGCAUAAACUCCUCUGUUGAUGGUGAUUCUCCUAAUGGUUCAAGUGAUGGAAAAGGAGUAAAAUCCCUGGUGAACAAAAUGACGGUUGCUUUGAAGACUAAGUCUGUGAAUGUGAAAGAAAAAGUUAUCAGUUUUAUUGAAAAUACAUCUACUCCAGUGGACAGAAUACCUUUCAAUAUUCCCUGGCCAGACAGAGCGAGCCUGGAGCGACAUGUCAGCAGCAGUGACAGAGUAGGAAAACCCUACCGUGGUGUGAAACCAGUAUUCAGCAUCGGAGAUGAAGAAGAAUAUGAUACCGAUGAAAUUGAUAGCUCCUCAAUGUCAGAUGAUGAUCGAAAAGAGGUCGUCAACAUCCAAACAUGGAUAAAUAAACCCGAUGUGAAGUAUAACUUCCCCUGUAAUGAAGUAAAAGAAAAUGGACAUAUGUUUCCCAGUCAUCUCCUAGUAACAGCAACUCAUAUGUACUGUUUGAGAGAGAUUCCAUCACGAAAGGGACUGGCUUACAUCCAGUCUCGACAGGCGCUCAACUCUGUAGUCAAAAUUACAUCCAAGAAGAAACACCCGGAACUGAUCACCUUUAAAUAUGGAAAUAGCAAUACUUCAGGCAUAGAAAUUUUGGCAGUUGAAAGGUAUUUGAUUCCAAAUGCAGGUGAUGCUACCAAAGCCAUAAAACAACAGAUCAUGAAAGUAUUGGAUGCCUUGGAGAGUUAAUAACUAGAGACUUUGUAGAGAACAGUUUAUAAAGAAGCAGCAACCAAGAUACUGUAUGUGGACACAAGCUGACUGUUUCCCAACCAAAUACUAACUUAAGAGAAUUUUUCUGUUUGCUGAUGGGAGUGCCUGAGUAGCAGGCUUAAGAUAGGGUAAAUUAUUAUCAAUUUCUGAACAGGUUUUUUAAUUUUUUUUAUUGUUUUUUUUUUGUUUUGAAAUGUUUAUUAUAAAGGUCAGUUGGUUUCAUU